CCCAACCAGUAACCACCCCGCCGCGCCCCGCGCUCUCCCGCACGGCGCCCAUGGCUGCGCGGCGGUCCUGGGCGGACAUCCCCGCCGAUCUCGUCGCCGAGAUCGCCCGUCACGUGCCGUGCCUCGAAGACCGCGUCCGCGCAGCCAGGGCGUGCCGCACCUGGCUCCGAGGCGUGCUGACGAACCCGUGCCCGCUCCAGCUCCCGUGGCUCCUCCUCCCGUACCAGAACGCCGCCGCUCUCCCGCCCUACGCCACCCGCAGGGCGUCCUUCUUCUGCGUCCUCUGCAACCGCGCCCACCGCCUCGCCGUCCCGCACUACACGGAGGGCGCACGCUUCUUCGGCGCGUACCCCGGUGGCUGGCUUUUCCUCGCCUACGGCCAGAGCUGCGGGCACGGACUGAUCAACCUCCGCACCCACGAGAGCCUCUACCUCCCCGACGACAUCAUAAGGCCGGUAGGGGACGGAUUGGCGCGGCAAUAUCCCAUGUUCAUCCGCGCCGCCACCCUUUCUGCCCCGCCGGCCACGUUCGAGGGAUGCGUCGCCGCCGCCAUCAUCACGGUUCUUACUCCGCAGUGUUUCUUCGGUCCGUCGCAUAUUACGGUCUGGCGCAUGGGGAGCCAUGUGGCCUCCGCCUCCUGCACGUUCGGGUUGGACGCCGAGGACGUCAUACACCACAACGGCGCCUUCCAUUUCCUCACCCGGCAUGGGGAUCUGCUCAUUUGCAGGCCAGAAUUUCAAGAUGAAGCGCCCCUGGGACGACUGCAAGUGCGGGAGGAAUUCCGGGAGAUGCUGGGCCGUGUGCUGAACGCCGGCGCUCGCUACCUCGUCGAGUGCCGCGGCGAGCUUCUGAUGGUCUUGCGAGUUCAGCCUCAUCAAGAGGCGACGUGGUCGUUCAGGGUGUUCCGGAUGAUGCAGGAGCAGGUAUCGGACGCCGACGGCAUCGACGCCGACCAUGCUCGCUACGGUUGGACCGAGCUGCCCGCGCUGGAUGGCCGGAUGCUGUUCGUGGGGCGCGGCUGCUCUAGAUCCUUCGAGGCGGCUCAUUUCCCCGGAUCUCAGGAAGGCGUUUACUUCUUGGAUGACGGGAGUUUCCACGCGGCGCCGAUGAUAUGCUUCGGAGAUGAGCCCCGGCAGUACGGCUGCUGCAACAACGGGGUCUGGUCCGGGCCGCCUGACCAUGCCCACCACUGGUUCCCGUUACAACGCCCAUCGACCUACUCGUCUCCGGUAUGGUUUCUCCAUUGAGACCAUCUUGCUUUGCUGCCACUCGAUGACUGUUGUUGAUCCGUGUAUUCGGUAUGCCUGAUAUUCGGUCAAGGUGUUCAGUAGUGCAGAACUGGUGCUUCAUCCCACUUCUGAAACAGAAAAGGUUUCUACAGUUGUUUGUUCAAUUGCUGUAUCAUGUCAGCAUUUCUGGCCUUCUGGGAUACUCUUGUCAGAUAAUUGAUAACGCAGUUCUAAGACUUGGUGUAGCGUGUUGUUGUUUGGCUAGCUGACACUCAUAUUGCUCCCUUUUGCAUUGUUCUUAAUCUUGCAGCGAUUGAUGAUGCUGUA